AUGUUUGCAUUCGGAGCACAUCGCCCUCCGCCCAACUCGGCCAAGAACAUCCAGAGGAGCACUUCAACUGCACCGGAUGUAAGAGCCAGAGAGAAAGACGAGGAGGUCCUCGCCUGCCUCGGCCGCGUCGACGCAGUCGAGCUACGCGACUACGCCGCGCAAGCCGAACUCGACUUCGCCCCCGUCGAGGACCACCACACGUGCAUCACCAACGUAACGGACCACAUCCUGAACGGGCCGGGGCUGGCGGACGUGCCGCUGCUGCUGGGCUCCACGCGCGACGAGCUCAGCGGCAUGGUGUACGCCCUGUCCUCCAACGCCACGGACCCGGUGCACACCACCUGGCAUCGCGUGCACGACCGACUAAUCAGUACCGGGCUGCGGCACGAUCCCCCGUUCGUGACAACAGCCGAGGAGAUACGGAAACAGGCGGACGAGGCAGCAGCGAAGCUCCUCUUCUCCUCUUCCUCGUCGCUGUCGAAGAAUAAAUACGGCCCGCUCGUUCGUCUCGCUAGCGAUGUCGUCUUUACUUGUCCGACUAGUCGGGCUUGCAACGUGACUACCGCCAGCAGCAGCAGCAGCAGCAGCAGCAACAACAAACGCAGGUCCGGUGACUGGCGGUAUCGGUGGUCAACGGAGGCGGCGGCCCCCGGGACAAUCAUCCCCAAUCACGGGGCGGUGCACGGGGCGGAGAUCCCCGUCAUCUUUGGCACGCAUCUGCCCGACACGCCCGCGGACACGCUAGCCAUGACUGCCUACAUGCAAGAGUUAUGGGCGUGGUUUGCCAAGCAUCACGUCGCCGGGCCUGAUUUCAACCCCUCCGAACCGCAUGAUCAGCCCACUGUGGUUGACUUGCGGUACAAUGGUUCGUCCCAUAAGGUUGAUGUCGCUGCCACCGAGGUCGACGCUUGGUGUGUGGGGCUGUUGCCCGUCGCGGACCGGUUGGGGUUUACUUGGUAAUGCUAGUGUGUGUAUGUGUAGUCAUGUCAAGGAUCUCGGUGCCCGGGGAUAGAUUUUCCUUGCUUCGAGCACAUGUCUCGUUGAGCUUUCAGCCAUAAACUUGCCGAUAGGCACUUGAAAGACCCUUCGAUGGCGAAGGGCGGGCUGUUGAUCCUUGGAUUGAACAAUACUUCAAUCUCCCAGGAUAGUGUAUGUGAGAUUGUGAUUUUAGUUGGCAAGUUUCAGCUCUUGAUGAAGAAUUCAUAUAGGGCUGCAG